UGACCACGUUGAGCCUACACUACACAUGAGCAAAGAGGACCUUAUGAAUGAGGAGGACGAAAUUCGUGCUCUGGAGGACAAGAAGAGGGCACUCCAGUCCAGAGUCACCAGUAUGGAGAAAGAUAUUGAAGGUCUGGCCAGAUGAGACAUGACUGCAUUCUGCAACGUCAACGAUUGAUGUGGCUUCGAGGGAUACUCCUGGCGAAUACAGCUGGUUAGCUAUGCAUGAUCAGUCCGCUCAUCGCUUUGCCCGAUGCUCGAGACCCUGCCUCCCCUCCCCGUAUGUCAGAAUCUGUCACUUCUGGCCAUCUCCCGCGACCACGCCAGGAGUCUUCCGGCCUGUAAAAAUGCACAGUGUUUUUGAGAUCGGUAUAUUCGUCCGCAGAGAGGCGCUAGAUCACGAUCUUCACCCUCCUCAAGCUAUCCACAUUGAGAUCAAUGUCAACAACGAUGAUGCGGACGUCGUAGCGCAGACCAUAUUCCAACUCGUGGAGGAGAUCUGCGAAUACUUCAAGGAUGACCAGAACGCACAUAGCUCGAUUUUCGACACACCAGAGAAGAGACUGCUUGUGGCUCAGAAGAUCUACAACGGCAUGAAGAGAGUUAAGGUGCUGCCCGACUAUGUCGACGACAACACAGAGACCUUGGUCGACAUCCUCACGAACCCCGACUUCUGCAUCUCGGACAUCUGCAAGCUACGCCGCGUCGAGAUUACUGAUGUCCCGAAUCUGAUCGUCAACUAUCUCAUGGUCUAUUCCGAUUUUCCCGAUGCUCGGGACCCCGAGAUCUACGAUGGCAAGUCUCUGCAGGUUGGUUACAGACUCGAAACCCACCAGUCCAUCACGGCCAGUGACAUCAGAUUCCAGCAGAGCGUUCAUUAUCAGUCCGCUCGUGAAGCUGGUGAGUGCCACAUGUAUCACGUUUGCGAUCUGGAAUACCACGACGUCGAUAUUGUUCCCUUCGCCGAGCAGAUCACAGUUCUCUUGUUCGAGACCAUCAACAACAGCGUGCUCGAUUUCCAUAACUACAACCACCCACAAGCUGGAGAGUUCACCGCCGAUCGCGAAUUUGCCAAAGGUUUGCUCGGUGUUGCUCAACACGUCUUUGCAAAUACUGUUUGGCCUGGAGGAUGUAUCUCCAACGCUUCCUUGGGAGCUUCCGUUGGCCUCAACUGGAAGAUGCCUGUCGUCCAACACGACGUGAAGAGGUUGCUGUGGAACAAAUGACAGAUUCCAGCACAUCACAUCGACUCUCAAGCCGUAGCGAUGCGCAUUGAUUAACGCAUCAAAAUGCACGAUGGUAUUGAGUAAUGGCACGUCGUCCACAGAGAGCGAU